AUGCCUACACCACUUCCGUCGAGUUUCGCUUCCGCCGCCGCUGGCAACACCCAGGACCCCAGUCGGAGAGGGGAUGGAAGUACUGGUGGAGAAUGGUCUCGAUCCCGCAUCAACGGAGCCACUCAAACCUUUCGCCGUCCAUCAGUUGCGACCAACCCUUCGCACACUCGAGAGAGUAGCCACCCAGUCUCUGCUUCUACGCCGACCUCGGGAGCCUACGUCCCUCCCCACAUGAGCUCAAAUACCUUGUCUACUGCAAUGCGGAACGGCGAUGCCCGAUACUCCAAGGAUCAACUCCUAGACUUGUACAAGACACAGAGAGAAUCGGGAUCCUUGGGUAAGCAUGUGGAGGAUUAUUUCGUGGCCGACUGGGAUCCUCAUGCUGUUUCAGCUUCCGCAAAUGGAGCGUGGGGGAAGCGGGACGACCAUAAAACUUCCGCGGGGCCUGAGGUGUGUUGGGACCAUGAGGGUCAGGCCGAACCGCUGGGCUUGAAUGAUAUGACGGAGAGUGAGAAGGAGGUGGGUCCCUUUCAUUUUCACGAAUUCCCUAUUUUUCCCACGCGGGAGAAUCAUCAAAAAACUAACCCGAGAAAAAAUUUCCAGUUCUUUGCCGCGUCUGUCAACUCCCCUCUCAAGCCUCCGCCUACGAACGCAUCGAAAGAAAAUACCGGAGUAGUAACUGGUGGUGGUCGUAAAGGGUCUAUUUCUUACACCCAAGGCCACAUUAAUAACUACAAUACCUCUUCUCCCAAUACCACUCGUCCAGGAAUGAGACGUCGAGAGACGGGCGACUCGGUCGGUAAUCCCAUGUCUCCUACCGCGUCUAACUCUCGCUUUUUCCGCGACGAAGCGAAUACUUCUACCCCUCCUCCGGCCCUCCUGCGUCGGAAGACCGACUUUCGAGACCCGGCCGCGAAACCGGACGAAAAAUCGAAGGAGGCUUCCGAUGCUGCUUCGCCUUUCGGUUCCCUGAAACGCAGCACCACCAACCCGUUGAACACCGCGGUAGGACCAUCCUCUCCUUGGGGUCCGGCAUCGGCAUCGGCGAGUGCAAAUUUCUCUCCGAUGGGGGCUUUCGGCGCCUUCUCCCUCGCGUCGGGUUCCGUUUCUGCUACCACACCCACAGCUGAGAAGAAGCCUGGAUACGGAAGCUUGCGCGGCGAGAGUAGAUUCAAGGGACUACUUUCCAAGGACAGCUCGGAGGAUAUUGCGGGCUCUGCGAGGGAGAAAAACUUGAGCAGCCUUGAGAGACUGGUGGAGGAUGAUGGUCUCAGACGUGCUCAGUCUCCAUGGGGCGAUUCUGUGAAGACCCGCAUGGGUCGCAGUGAGACUAAUCCGUUCGAUGAACCUCGCAGUGGAAGUGCUGCUCUGGGCGGUUCCCAGGAUGUUGAAGCGCCUUCCCAGGAUUCUGGAUUUGGUGCUUUCGGCAUGACUUCCAGUAUCCCUGGCUUCCGGGAGUUGAUGCAGAGCCAGGAAAAUUCGCGAAACCCUACCCCGAAUCUGCUCCAAGGACAUGAACCGACCAGCCCGACCAAUACCAAUCCUUACCAAAGCCCUCAUGGCGACCGAGUUGCGGACCACCAGGAGGAUGUGGAUACUGAUGGCUCGGACAUUCAGCACCCUCAGCACCCUGGACUCAGCGGACUGCGCGAUCCUUCGAACCCGUUCGGCUCUGUGAGACGUGUCGGUUCAGGAAUCGACCUCCCCUCUAUUGAUCGCAGCCAGAACUCGAGCGCUAAUGCCAACCGAACUUUCUCCGGCCUUGGAAGCUUGGGUGGCCUUCCGUCCCUCGGUGGAGGAUCUGCUUGGCCUUCUGCUGGAGGUGCUAUUGGUACACCGACUCGUGAGCGUCCAGCUUUUGGUGGAGGAUUUGGCGAUCCUAUCUUUGGCACCAUGGGCGACCUUCAAUCUCCCAGCUUGUCUACUCUUGGUGGUGGUGGCCUCUUCAGUCCUCAUGCCGGGCUGAGUGGUACUGCAAGCAUUGGACGAGGAAGCAAACUGGGUGCUCUCUUUAACAUGCAGGAUGACCAAGGACGACCGGAUUCCGUUGGCCUGACCGACGGACAGCUUGAUUUUCAAGACAAAUCUGGCCAAGCAAGCAAGCCUGGAUCCAAUUCCGCAUCGCAGACACCCGUCUCAGCUGUUGGAACUAUCCCUGUCAACUUGGGCCAUGACACCACCCAAGUUCAGACCCCUGGAGGCACCCUCCCUGCUUCUCAGCAACGCACUAUGGUUAUGCCAGACCGGAUGCGCUGGAUUUAUCGCGACCCUCAGGGUAACAUCCAAGGACCUUGGACUGGUCUUGAAAUGCACGAUUGGUUUAAGGCUGGAUUCUUUAGUCCCGACCUUCAAAUCAAGAAGCUCGAAGAUGGAGAAUUUGAGCCGCUUGCCCAGCUGGUGCGUCGCAUUGGGAACUCUCGCGAGCCUUUCCUUGUUCCCCAGAUUGGCAUCCCCCAUGGCCCUGAGCCCAAUGCUACUCAGUGGACCGGCAACACCCAGGGCUCUGCCCAGCCGCCAUUCCCCGGCAGCUUCCCUAGCUUCGGUACUACAUUGACUGCCGAACAGCAAAAUGCUCUUGAGCGCCGUAAGCAAGAAGAGCAGUACUUGAUGGCUCGACAGAAGGAACACCUGGCUCAGCAGCAAGCCAUGUUGAAGACCAUUGUUCCCGGUGCGCCACCAACACUGCAGCCCCAGCUUCAACACCAGUCGAGUGCCCAUAGCCUUCACAGCCAGCCCAGCUUCGGCAGCAUUGCCUCUCCGGGCGCUUACCAACCCUCUCCGAUUCAGCCUGCUCUGCAACAGCAGUCCCAGGGACUUCCUGGUUUCUUUGACUCUGCCGCUCAACUGAGACAGGGAGGUCUGUCCAAUGUUGGACCAGGUAUGCUUGGCACUGAUCUUGGUGGUGUUGCCCAGGACCAACUCCCUGCCCUUCUCGAUCGCUUGAACGUUGGCCGACAGGAUCCUUUUGCCUUUGGUGGGGCUUCUUCUUUCUCCGGACGUCAGCCCGAGAGCUUGUUGCACUCUCAGCAGGUGGCCUCCAUGCUCCAGGAUCGUGCUCAGCUUCAGCAAGAGCAGGAGCAGUUCGAUAAGGCUAAUGCCAAUGACCCCUUCGACCAGGAGGCUCGUGAGGAACGCCUUCGUCAGUUCCAUGCUCUCCGGGCUCAGGAAGGAGAGCUUGGUAUGCGCACCGCCGAGGGUCUGCCUACUCACCCCGCCGCUGUUGCCGCUCAGCAGCUUGAAGCCGAGGUCGCAGCUGCUUUGGAGGUUCCUCCCGAGGCAGAGCCUAUCGUCGAUGAACCUACUUUGACCUUGUCUCAGCAGGUCCAGAAGGCCGCGUUCGCCCAGCGUCAGCUAGAGGAAGAGGAUCAGCAACAGCAGCAACCCCAGGCUACUCCUGAAUCCGUGUGGGGAGUUAACAAGCUGGACAAUGGUAUGCCCCAGCCCUUCCCUCCCCCACCAUCUGCAUCGCCUCUCCCUGCUCCGGCCGCCCAGCGUAACCGUCAGAACGUGGCCGAGUCCCUCGCUGCGGGAUCUCGUUCUCAGACUCAGACUCCCGUCGAUGCCCCUCCCACCUCAGUUGCGCCAUGGGCCAAGGAUGCCAAUGAGUUGCCCAAGGGUCCUUCUCUGAAGGAGAUCCAAGAAGCCGAAGCUCGCAACGCCGCCCAGCGUGAGGAAGUUGCUGCCGCUGCCCGUCGUGCCCAGCUUCUCGCUGAGCAAGAACGUCUCAGCCAAGCCCAAGCUCAGGUUGUGCCUGGUCUGCCCUCUUCUGCUAACUGGGCCAGCGCCGGCUCCCCUGCUCCUACCACCACUGGAUCAGUGUGGAACAGCAAGACCCAGCCCGCACCCACCACCACCGCUACCAAGAAGACUCUCGCCCAGAUUCAAAAAGAAGAGGAGGCCCGCAAGCAGCGUCUUGCUGCUGCUGCCGCAGCCGCAGCUCAGACUGCUAGCCCAAGCCCUCCCGCAUCUGUCGGCAAGCGUUACGCCGAUCUCGCCAGCAAGGUUGCCUCUACUUCCCCUGCUUCUGCUGCUAAUGCUGCUCCAUCCGCUCCUGGCGCUUGGACUACCGUUGGUGCCGGUGGCAAGGCCAAAGCUCCUCCUGCUGCUCCUCUUGGACCUCGUUCAACCAGUGGUACCAUCCCUCUAGCUCCUGUAGCCGUUGCCAAGCCUCGUCCUGUUACCACUACUCGUACUGUCCUGGUCCAGCAAUCCUCCAACCCUAACCGGGCUGUCGAGGAGUUCACCAAGUGGGCCAAGUUAGCUCUUGGUAAGGGUCUGAACAGCAACAUCAACGUCGACGAUUUCGUCCAGCAACUCCUUUUCCUCCCUGCUGAGGCCGAGAUUAUCUCCGAUUCCGUCUACGCCAACUCCCAGACUCUGGAUGGUCGCCGCUUCGCUGAUGAGUUCAUUCGUCGCCGCAAGCUCGCUGAUAAGGGUGUUGUUGACCCCGUCUCUCCUAGCGCCUUCGGUACUGAGCAGAGUGGUUCCGGCGGAUGGAGCGAGGUCGCCAAGAAGGGCUCUACUGCUAGCGUUGCUGCUGCUACCCAGCGUGAAGAGGAAGCUAGCAGUGCUGCAUUCAAGGUUGUCGCUCCCCGUAAGAAGGGUAAGCGCUAA